UAUAUAUGGCAAUGCCUAUACACUAGCAUGUUGUUGCUCUCUCUUGGUACAGUCGUCGAGUCGACUUUUCAUAAACGACAGCCGAAUUAACACGAGAAAAAAACAGUCGACCAUCUUCACCAUGUUGAGAACUCUGGUGAAACGCGCGUUCGGUUCGAUAGGUGGUCGCGGGAGUGAGGAAAGGCAGAGAGUGCUAUGUUUGCACGAGAGGGACCUGACACAACCCGAGUCCAGUUCGCAGUCCACGGGUGAGGCUCCCCUCGUGAGGGCGUGCUCUCAGUGCAAAGAGGAAGGACGGGCAGCGUCGAAGUACCGGUGGAAGCUCGUCCUGUGCCUUAUUCUUCCCUAUUCUCUACAGGCUCUCGACGUCACUAUCGUCGCUAGUGCUUUACCAUGGAUCGCUGCUGAUUUCGGCGAAAUAUCCCAGAUGAAUUGGAUCAUCUCGGCUUUCAACCUAACCUCGGCGGCAUUUAUUCCCUUCUGGGGACAGGUAGCUGAUAUAUUCGGAAGACAUUGGCCUCUGCAGGUGUGCUCCCUCAUCAUGCUGAUCAGCAGCGCUCUUUGUACAGCCUCUCCCACCGAUACUUUCGGCCUUUUUCUUCUCGGUCGAGCCUUGCAGGGGGUCGCCUGUGCCGGGUUGAACACGAUAGUCCGUGUCAUACUAGCAGACAACGUGUCCCUGAAAGAGAACGCGAAGAACUGGUCUCUGUUUGCCUUGGCAGGAGGCGUUUGCUAUGGUAUUGGGCCCGUCCUGGGUGGCUACCUCACUGCGGCCAAUUGGCGGUGGUGCUUCGCUAUUAAUCUACCCAUCGCGUUCGUCGGCGUUCUUAUUGUCUUUUUCUUCCUUCGGAGAGACCUGCUAGGGCCACAGCCCAUCCCCGAGCUGGACGGGUACGAGGUCAGUCGACGUAAGCAACUUGCCCGGCGCAUCGCGAGCAUCGAUGUCGGCGGACAGCUGCUGUUCCUCCUGGGGUUCGGCCUGUUGAUACUGGCUUUUACUUGGGCCGGCGCAACUUAUGAUUGGGACCACCCUGCGGUACUGGUGCCCCUCAUCAUCGGCACGUUUGCGGCGUGCGCCUGGCUCUACUACGAAUACUCGAUGGCCCCGGGCGGGGUGGUAUUCCGCAAGCUCCCUCUUCAAAGGCCAAUGAUGCCCUGGAACUUGGUGCAAAACCGCAAUAUUAGUCUGUUAUGCUACAUCAACCUCGCCACGGGAAUGGCCAUGUAUAGUGUCCUCUAUUUCGUCGACCUCUAUUUUACCAUAGUCAAGGGUUACCAUUCCGACAAGGCAGGCGUUCAGUUGCUGUACUACACGCCAGGAUUAGGAGCUGGUGUGUAUCUCUCCAUGAUCUUGUGCAAUCACUGGCCAUGUCAGACAUUUCUUCCGCUUUUCCUCGGGUCCGUGGUCGAAGCCAUUGGCGUCGGCAUGAUGGCAUGGGCUUUGCACUACGAACAUGCACCUACCAUCUACGGUAUGAUGGCGCUCACCGGUGCGGGUACGGGGCUUCGCUUCAUGCCAGGUAGCCUCCACGCCAUCGGGCUCUUCCCGGAGCAUAUUCCCGCCGUAGUAUCCCUCAUGGGUGUUGCCAUGACCUUCGGGGGCACCUUAGCUCUCACGAUCAUGUCUACCGUCUUCAACAAUACGUCGGGCAGCAUCUCGCGCGACCCCCCUUUCCAGAGUGGCUACGAUGCCUUGCAUAAUCUCCCCGAUGAGCUUAGGAUGCAGAUUACUGGCGGCGCUAGGGACGGAAUCACGUGGGCGUUCGUUUCGUUGACACCCUUCAUGGCCAUCUGUGUUCUGGCAUCCGCCUGCCUCGGAAAUGUGCCCAUCGGUGACUCCAAUGCAGACGCCAGCGUCCGCCACUCGGCCGACGGGAGUUAUUUGCUCUCCCUGCUACGUAGAAGGAGGGGCACGACUAUAGGUGUCGACUGUGAAAUGGAGAUGAUGUUUCAGCCGCAGGGAGAAAGCCGGCCGCGUUAACUGGACUGAGAGGACUGGCUGCAGCUGGUCUCCGGGCUCCGCCCACUCCCGUCAGAAUUGUCUUUGAUUCGUAAUAUUAGGAUGCCGCCUAGACCGACACGUCGUGUU